AUGAUGAGCUCAAGUACUGGCGAUCAUGCUGCUAUAAGUACUUAUAGAGAGCCUUCUCAAUACACUUCUGACGAUCCACCGCCGCCUUAUCCAUAUGAUGAAGAAUUUCCACAUGCUCUUCCAUCAAGGUUACAAACCAACAAUGCGCCAACCCCGGCCCACCUUGACGAAGAAACACCCACCUCGACAGAAAUCAACUCUGGCAAUAUCAAGUAUCCUUCAAUUCUUGAAGGAUACUUAGCCAUUACUACUCCCGAUCGGUCAUACGACCUCGGCUCGACGCCAAACCAAAAACUAUUCCGUCUUUGCACGCAGCGAAUUCCCCAUGAGUCAAUAGAAGUGCUUCACAUUCACAAUGGUACAGACUCCGGAAGUCCAAUUUUAGCAAGCGCAGAGAGUCAGUUUUGUGCAACAACGAAAGAGCAUGUCGUCAUUACUCUCUUUGCAGUUCUGGGUCUGCAAGAGACGGAGAAGGAAAUACUGAUGCACCGCUUAAAGCGGUCACUUGGGAUGUAUCGUGCUACGAUGGAGUUCAUUGUCGAAAUUAAUGGACAUUUAGAAAAAUUUCAAUGGCGACAUUCGAGUGGAAAAGAAGUUCAAGACAUAUCUAAAUAUUCGAGCGGGUGGAAGCUAGUGAGGAUGGAGGAAUCUAACGUUAUUGAAGGUGGGGGAAACGCUAGUCGUCAGAAGGGAUUGGCAAGUGAUGGAAAAGAGGUUGUUGCUGUGAUUGCCCAUACCCUGAGCGCGAAAAAAGAGUUCACCUUCGCUUUCAUGGGAUCGGGUCUCACAGGUGCCAUGGGUGAAUUAUGGGAGACUACUGCACUGCUCUCCGGGAUCUGGCAAUGGUGGACUGCUUUUGGCUAG